AUUUUAGUCAAAGAAGUCGACAGCUUCGAGUAGAUUAAGCAAUAUGAGAAAGAUGAUCACCAGACUCACCAGUCAAAAAUCUGUCAGGAUCCAAACUAUGGCAGAUAAAGUUUUAAAAGGGAGUAAAACUUCUGGAAAGCUGUUUGAAAAAUAAUACUGAAGAGCUCAUUUCCUUCCUGAAGAUUGUCUUCUCGAAAGUGCUCUGUAAAGAUGAUCUUCCUUUGGUACUUGAAGAGUGGAUUAUGGAACUCCAAAAUUUCAGAGAAAUGAACUACUUGUGUCCUGACGACCAGAUGGAAGAUGCAUAUCUAAAGAUAAUUGCCUUCAUCUGCGAAACUUAUAAGUUUAUCAGAGAGAUCAUCUUUAAUGAUUCUAGAAUUUCGUUCAUCUAUUUGUAUCUCAGUGUAAUAGAAAAGAGCUUUAUCUAUGCUGUUGUUGAUUGAAUUAAGCUCGUAGCAGUCCAUGAAACUUCUAAUUUACUAUUUAAAAACUUGAUCAGCUCCAUACAAGAGUUAAAAUAAAGAUAAUGAAGUGAUUACUGACCAGAAAUGAGUCGACAAGUUAGAAAGCAACAUGAAAAUUGUAAAAUCCGAAAUUGAGGUAAGUAACCUCCUCCAACUUCCUGGGUCCAAUUUCCCCUCUCUUCCCUUAAAAUCCCUCCUAUCCCUUCUAUCCCCUCUCCUUCACCUCCCUUAUCACAUAUUCCAGAAGCGUGAAGAGCUGAUGUCCAACUACAUUUUCAGAUAUGGGGAUGACUCCAAUACGUACGUUAAGAAGAGAGAGAACAAGAAGGAAAUGGAGGAAGACAUGUAUGCGCUUAUGGCUGGAGAUGAUGAUAGAACUAAUCUUGAUAUGAGCCAGCCAUCGUAUCUUAGUGGAGACAGCAGUUUGAUUUAGUG